AUGUUUGUCAAACGGAUCAACUAUGAACUGAACAGACGUGUAGUAUUGCCUUAUCUCAAUUACGACGACUACUUUUGGUUAGGCUUUAAUGGAGGAAGAGUUAAUAAUCACAACUCUUGGGACAACUCAAACAUCUUAAGGACAGCCCUAUUGGGCGUCGAAGACGAGACAUCUCUACAUCAAGUGGUGAACAGAAGUAUCAAAAGUAUCGAUAUAUUCAUCAAUCAGUACCCGACUGACGGCGGUUGUGAUGAGGGGCCGACGUAUUGGGGUUGGGCUGGGGGUCGACUCAUCGACUACCUCGAGCUCAUGACAACAGUGUCCGCCGGAAAGAUCAAUUGGUCGGGCAAUGAACUGAUCGAUAAGAUCGGGACGUUUAUAUACAAAGUGCACAUCUCAGAGGACAGGUAUGUGAACUUUGCGGACGCCCAGGCCAAAUUAGGGGUGGAAGCGUCGGCCGUCUAUAAGUUUGGCCAUACCUUCAACGACACGACACUCAAACACUUCUCAUCAUAUGUGGGCCAACGAUAUAACUACGAGUCCAUCAAAACGGCGUCCGACUUCUUGGGCAGUCUGUCUGUGUUUGUGUCCACUCUAUUGACGUAUUCAAAGAUCAAAGACAUCGAACCCAAGGCUCCGUUUCCACAGAACUUCUACUUUAAAGACCUCCAGGUCUUCACCGCCCGAACAGAAGCCGGGUCGACAAAAGGACUGUUCAUUGCGGCCAAAGCGGGCACUAAUCACGAGAGCCAUAACCACAACGACGUCGGGAACUACAUUAUAUACGCUAACGGAAAGCCAUUCCUAAUCGAUGUGGGCGUCGGUGUCUAUAAUAACGAGACAUUCAGUAAAGACAGGUAUAAGAUAUGGUCGAUGCAGAGCCAGUGGCACAACUGUCCCACCAUUAAUGGCAUUCAGCAAAAGAAUGGCGAUAAGUACGAGGCCUCAGGUGUGAGCUAUUCAUCCACUGAAGACACCAUUAAGUUUAGCGCAGAUAUAGCCGGCGCCUACCCUAAGGAGGCAGACGUCAAGAGUUACGUCCGAAACAUUGAAUUCAAUCACAAACUCAACACAAUUACGGUUACCGAUGACUACGAGCUGAAGAAGUGGUUGAGUCCAUUGAAAGUGCAUUUCAUCAGUCAUUUGAAGACUCAGAUGAGUAGCUCUAGCGUACAGUUUGUGGACAAAGACAACAGC